CGGCAGGCGGCGCCAAAGUGCUAAUAAUUUUUGAUUAACGAUUUUCCGGCAUUCGAGUUUGGAAAGCAAUGCAAUAAAGAUAGCAUUAGAAAAUUUGUAGUUACUUUUAAUUUUGAUGGGCAAGUAAAAAUUGUUGCUGAUAAUGUUACCCCAAUUGCUCUUAUGUCGCAAUCUGGCGCGUUCAGUGCUGCGGACGUGGAGUCGAGGUGCCUCCAACUCGGAAACCACACAGGAUGAUGUUAUUGUGGACUUUGAUGAUCCAGAUCAUCUGCCGCUGCCCGAGUAUCCAAAACGUCCCAACGAGCCGCUAAAUAAGCGAAAACAGCGUUUGCUUUACCAAUCUCGCAAGCGCGGCAUGCUCGAGAAUGAUCUGCUACUGAGCACUUUUGCUGACAAGUACCUCAAAGACUUCGACGAGGCGCAAACUGAAGUCUAUGACGAUCUCAUCAAUGGAGUCAGCAAUGAUUGGGACAUUUACUAUUGGGCAACGGGAGUGAAGCCAACACCCCAACAGUACAACACAGAGAUCAUGAAGUUACUCAAAGAACACGUCCGCAAUGCCGAGAAAGUUACUCGCUUCCGUCAGCCAGAAUUGACGUAUUAUUUGUAAAAA